AUGCUUUUUUAUUACCAAUAUUUCAAAGUUUUUUCUUUUCAUAUAUUUGCUGAGAAUAUUGUUUCUUUUUCCCAUUACACUAUUUUCCAUCAUUCGCUUUAUAUCACUUGUCUUUUCUUUCUUUCUUUCUUUCUUUCUUUCUUUCUUUCUUUCUUUCUUUCUUUCUUUCUUUCUUUUCCAGCUUUAUUUCUUUCUUUCUUUUCCAGAUUACUUUUUCUUUCUUUCUUUCUUUCUUUCUUUCUUUCUUUCUUUCUUUCUUUCUUUCUAACAUGCAUUUUUCACUUUCUUUGUUUCACGUUUCUUGACUAUGUGAAUAUUUCCUUAAAUCUUACAUAUUUUGAUUUCCGUUUUUCUUUCUUUCUCUCCUUCUCCAUUACAUUAAACGUGCUCUCUUUCCUUUUUUUCCCCAGUUAUUUUUUUUCUUUUAUUCUUUACAUAUUCUUUCCUCUCUUUCUUUGUUUUCUUCUUUCCGUCCUUCUUUCUUUCUUCUUUCUUUCCUUCUUUCCACCCGUCAUCCUUUCUUUCUUUCUUUCUUUCUUUCUUUCUUUCUUUCUUUCUUUCUUAUAA